UUUGUCUUCUUAUUUUAUAUUCUACACUCGUCUUUUCCUUUUUCUGAUUUUUUUCUUCGUUUUUUUUCUUUUUGUUUUCUUUAUCUGUCAUCCCUCACUCACUUGUGUGUGUAUUCACUUUCUGAUGACUGUUAAAGGUGGACGCAUUUAAAGCCACAUAGAUUCUCUCUCUCUCUCUCUCUCUCUCCCCCUUUUACACACACACACACACAUGCACAUGCACACACACCACUUCUGACAUUUCCGUUGCAGGAAACGACCUCAGAAACUCUAGAGAAGAGAAGGGCAGGCAGUGCACAUUAUAAAGCUGGAGGUUCUGGAGAACUCUGUGGAGUUUGUAUUAAAGGUUCUGGUCACUCAGGUCCUCAGAGGAACAGCAGGAACAAUAAAAACCUGAAAACAUCUCAGUGGCCGUCAUUUGUAGAGAAGACAGAGCUCAGACGUUGGACGUUUCCUAUAAAUACAUGCAACAGGAAGUGGUUAUGAAGCAGAGCGCGUGCAGACCCAGGGAGUGUGUGAGAAGCUGAAACAGUAAGGAUCAGUAAAGAACUGACCGUGACGGGAGCUAAACCUCUGAGAGUGAAGUAACUCCAUCCUUCCAUCACUCCUUCACUACAUCUAUGGGAACUGAUAAGGAGUCUGAGGCGGAGGCGCGCGCAGAGAUGGAGAAAGAUGAGGUGAUGCAUGAGGAGGAGAACGGAGGAGAGCGCGCGGACGAUGGGAACUUAUUAAACACGUACACCUGGCACACGGAGGGCGCGCGCGGCGAUCCAUCAGAGAAAAGCACGGGAAACAAGUGGAGUAAGAUGCAGAGCUGGAGGAAAACGCUGAGUGAGGACACGCCCUCUAAAUCACCGGCACCGUCACCGGCACCGGGGUCGCGUGGGGGGGGCGGAGGCACCAAACCCGCCAGUGGGAGGAAGAACCCAUUCCGCAGAGCGCUGUCAGAACCUCCCGGCUCGCUCCUGUCCUCCAUCCUGUCUCCUUCAUCAUCAUCAUCACCUUCACCGGUGGAGACCGGCGCGGCCGCGGACACGCCACAGGGCGGGAAAUUCCGCAAAUACCUGCGCCAGGUGUCCCAGAGACUGAAGAGGCCACGCGCACAAAACCGAAACAACACGAGCACCGCACAACAACAACAACAACAACAACAGCGCGAGGAUGUGCCAAGUGUGGACCCUGCAGAUUCAGUUCAGUUCUCCUGGGUUCCUCAGGAUGUUCCUGUGUGGGACAUCAAUAACUGUAUCCUUCAGGAUGGACAGAUCUUCAUCUCCCGAGAGGAGGAGCCGUUGUUACGGAUGAGGAAUCGGGCAAGCAGCUGUCUGUCAUCUCUCAGUCUGCAGAACCUCACUGAGAGUCACUCCAACCUUGAGUGCACUCCAGAUCACGCCCCUGUGUCCAGCACCCUGAAGCCCAAAACUCAGGACGGUGGAGUGAGAAUGAAGAUAAAGCGUCGUCUGCAGGGUGGAGCUCACAGGAAACUGAGUAACCCUCAGCUGAACGUAGUGGGACUGAGUCCUGCAGCACGGUUUGGUUCUCGAGAAUCUCUCUCAGUACCCCUGAGUGCAGCUGAAAGUCUGGACGUGAGUUCGGACUGUACCACUGUGAUUCGGCCGGUGCACAGCUCCAUCCUGGGAGAGAAGUACUGCUUUGAAGUGAUAAACUCGGACAGUAACCACUGCUUCGGCUGCAGCUCUGCAGCCGAGAGAGAUCGCUGGAUCGAGAACCUGCGGCGCACUGCUCGGCCAAAUAAGGAUAACUGUGAGCGCACGGAGAACUCCCUCAGCCUGUGGGUGAACGAAGCUAAAGGUCUCCCAGCAAAAAAACGCUACUACUGUGAGGUUUAUCUCGACGGUACGCUGUUUGCUCGUACCAGUAGCCGUGCCGUGGGUAAAGCAUCAUCAAACCCUGUGAAUGACGGAGGGUCAAGCACCGUGGGCGUGUCUUCUGGAGGAAGUGGAAGUGCAGGGGGGUGCCAGCUGUUUUGGGGCGAGCUUUUCGAGCUUGAUAAUCUGCCCCCUGUUACACAGAUCACACUCCACCUGUUCCGUGAUGAUGACCCCAAAAAAAAGCGCCACUCGAAGGAUGAGAGCAUCUCUUACCCCUUGGGCAGCGUGGCUCUGUCUCUGGCAAACAUUAAAGGACGAGUGUUUCAGGAGAAAUGGUAUCCCAUCAUUCCCUACAAGCCUCCAGGUACAGGUGGGGCAAAGGAGCAGCUUGGGCCACAGGCGAGUAUCCGGGUGAAGGCCCGAUUCCAGAACCUGCAGGUGCUGCCCAUCGAGAGAUAUAAGGAGUUUGCGGAGUCUGUCACACGGGGGUAUGUGGAGAUGUGUAGCAACCUGGAGCCUCUGCUGAAUGUCAGAGAUAAAGAAGAGCUGGCUGGAGCACUUGUCCAUGUCCUACAGAGCAUCGGAAAGGCCAAGGAUUUCCUGAUCGAACUGGGUCGUGCUGAAGUCCAGCGCUCGGGCGAGAACGAAGCUCUAAUCUUCAGAGAAAACACUUUGGCCACCAAAGCCAUAGACGAGUACAUGAAGCUGGUGGGGCAGAAAUAUCUCAUCGAUACCCUUGGAGAUUUUAUCGCUCGCCUGUAUGCAACCUCAGAAAGCUGUGAAGUCGAUCCGCAGAAAUGUUCUGCCUCCGAGCUGCUGGUCAACCAGCGCCACCUGAAGGAAGCGUGUGGAGAAGUGGUGCGGCAGAUCACCGAGACGCACAGCUCUUUUCCAGUGGAACUGAAUGAAAUUUUCUCCAGCUGGGUGUCUGAUUGUGAGGAACGGGGACGAGCGGACAUCGGAUACCGCCUCAUUUCAGCAUCUUUGUUUCUCCGGUUCCUCUGUCCAGCCAUCCUCAGUCCCUCUCUUUUCGGACUGACCCAACCGUACCCAGAACCCAACACGCUCCGUACUCUGACUCUCACAGCUAAGGUGCUGCAGAACCUCGCUAAUUUCACCCCGUUUGGAGAGAAAGAAGAGUACAUGCUGUUUAUGAAUGAGUUCCUGGAGGAACACUGGGAUGAUAUGAGGACUUUCCUGCAGAAAGUAUCAAACCCUGACAGUGAAAUAGAGAUGGCUCACUUUGAUGGUUAUGUGGAUCUUCCUUUACGCCUUGCUGUGCUUCACGGCCUGCUGGUGGAUAUCAUCUCCCCAAUGAAACUGGAAACUAUAAACAACCUGCAGCCACUACCCUCCGUCCUUAACCAGAUCACCGAGCACCUCGGCCCAGAUGUUCCCCGGAUUACCUGCAGCAGGUAUAGUGCUGAAACAGCCAAGCCCACAUAUGUUCCUCCCAAAGAUCUCGACAAGUACAGUCCACUGAACACGUCCCUCCUGCAACUGCAACAAAUAAACCCGAUAUCCACACAGGCCAAGGGCAAAAACCGCAAGCAGGUGACAAGGACACAGAGUGUCCCUGCCUCUGAGAGACACCACCGCCAUCCUCUGAAGAGAACAACCAGCAACACUGAGUUGACUGAGACACCUGACAUCCACCAUGAGGAGAACCACAUGAAGAUCUCACCACCACAGCAAAUCUUGACUAAUAAACCUGCACCUGCUCCUGUUCCCUGGAUCAAAGAGCAUGUUCAGGCCGAAACAAGCCUGCUGGAAAAGUAUUCUCUGGAGUUGUGUGAGCUGCGUUUGGGGGUGGAUCAGGUGACAGACCGUGAGCUGGAGAUGGCGAAGCGGUUGGAGGAUUUCAUCGCUGCGAGUCAGGAGCAGCAGACGCAGCUGCAGGCUGAACUGCAGGAACUGCGCAGUGUGUUAGCUCUGAGAGAGGAGCAACUCGCUAGUGCCACCUUCAGACUGGGUGUGAUUGAGGAGGAGCGUGAGGAAGAUGAGAGGAAACUGAGUGUCGCUCUGGUAGCAGCGGAACGUAUGAAUGUGUUGGAGGAGCAGUUUGCUCGUCUGUUACAGGACAUGCAGCAGCUAAAUACAGUGCAGGGUGACGACCUGAGCGCAUCACACAUCAGUGAGACACCUAGUCAGUGAGACAGUGUGUAUGAUGUCAUAACAUGUGGUUAAGGGUUUUUUACCCAUAAUCCUUUACAUUUAGUUUUUGCUUCUGUGAUGUUACGCUGUGAAGUAGUGUUAGAGUGUUAGUGUUAGUGAUGGUUCAUGAUGUGAUGUGAUGUGUUCAUGGUUGUGUGGCACUCUUACACUUACAAACAAAUAUAAAGUUGUGUGAAUAAAAUGUCAGAGAGAUAGAGAAAGAGAGUGAGAGGGUGUGAGAGAGAGAGAGUGUGAGAGAGAGUGAGAGAGAAAGAGAGAGUGUGUGUAUGUGUGUAUGUGUGUCAGUGUGUGUGUGCGUAUGUGUGUGUGUGUGCGUAUGUGUGUGUGUGUGUGUGUGUGUGUGUGCGUAUGUGCGUGUGUGUGCGUAUGUGUGUGUGUGCGUGUGUGUGUGCGUGUGUGUGUGUGCGUAUGUGUGUGCGUGUGUGUGUGUGUGCGUGCGUGUGUGCGUGUGUGUGUGUGUGUGUGCGUGUGUGUGUGUGUGCGUAUGUGCGUGUGCGUGUGUGUGUGUGUGUGUGCGUAUGUGUGUGCGUGUGUGUGUGCGUGUGUGUGUAUGUGUGUGCGUGUGUGCGUGUGUAUGUGUGUGUGUGUGCGUGUGUGCGUGUGUGUGUGUGUGCGUGUGUGUGUAUGUGUGUGCGUGUGUGCGUGUGUAUGUGUGUGUGUGUGCGUGUGCGUGUGUGUGUGUGCGUGUGUAUGUGUGUGUGUGUGCGUAUGUGUGUGCGUGUGUGUGUGCGUGUGUGUGUGUGCGUGUGUGUGUGUGUGUGUGUGUGUGAGAGAGAGUAAAUUCACCAAUGAAACAUUUUUUUCUGAACAGUUCUGUUAUGUUUUUGGUUCCUCCAGCGUUUAAUCUGCAGUGUUCUGAGAAGUUUUUUUUAAUGUAAUGUUUAUAAAAUCACUGUAAUGUUAACGCUGAGGCUUUACAUAUAUCCCUCGUUUUUUUAAUGUCAUUUCUUGUGUGCACAAAGCUGAAGUUUUUACAGACCGAUGCUGCAGCUCCACUUCACCGUCUCCAUGACGAUCUCAGAGUUGAUCCUGAUUGGCUGUUGCUCUGCUGACAACCACCUUUUUUUCUUUUUUAAAUGAUCACAUUUUAAAUUCUGUUUUCGCUAAUAAAAUUCCUAUAUUUUGACUCCA